CAUAUAGUCAGUCCCUAUUUCUAAGAAUUUCUGAACUGCAAAACACCACCAACUGCGUCAACUAAUCCGCUUGUGUAUCGGAAAGAGAUAUUUCUUAGGCGGCAGUCGCAAUACUUUCCCGUCUUGUACACCGACUGGAUACUUUCGUACGUCAAAGGGUUGAGGACAAUGGGCUCGUUGGGCGUAGACCACAGGGCCGUUCUCUCGAAACGCCAAUUGAUCCCCGGUGAAAUGGGAUUCGAGCUGUGACGACGAUCCGGAAAUGGACGGAAGGAAUAGUAUAAACAAAACAGCGGUGGAGGAAGGUGAACGGGAGAAAGUGUUGUACAAUGUGCAAGGAAGGGAGGAUCCGCGUGUAAGUCCGAUACAGUUGUCCCCCACCAGCGUUCUUCAGCCAGCCAGUGAAAGUUGAUAGGGUUCUUACCCGCAUCGUAGUCAGGACUUAGCUUCUCGAACCGUAUCUACAUGCACACACUCAUCCAACAUUAAACAGGCGUUGUGAUGGAGGAAAAUGCCGCCGUCAAUAUUCCCGCUCACAUUAGGCUAUUCGGGAGGGUGGAUGGGCCUGACCUUGCUGCCGCUCUUCCUCACCGCAAUGACGUUCUUCAGAUAUUCCAAUGUCGAUCCGGAAUCCAGGCCCAUCGACACUAAACAGGUGCGAAAUGAGUAUGACUUCAUAGUCAUAGGAGGUGGAUCUGCAGGAGCCGUUGUGGCCAACAGGCUUUCGGAAGUAAAAUCGUGGUCUGUCCUGUUGGUGGAAGCUGGAGGAGAUGAGACGGAAAUUUCAGAUAUACCCUCUUUGGCGGGGUAUCUCCAGUUGACAGAUCUAGAUUGGAAGUACAAGACUGAGCCUGCCCCCGACCACUCUCCUUAUUGUCUCGCAAUGAACGGCGAUAGGUGCUUCUGGCCGAGGGGCAAGGUGCUCGGCGGUUCCAGCGUCCUAAAUGCCAUGAUUUACGUCAGAGGAAACAGAAGGGACUACGACUCCUGGGCCGCCCAAGGAAACCCGGGAUGGUCCUAUGCGGACGUUCUGCCAUUUUUUAAGAAAUCCGAAGACAAUAGGAACCCGUAUUUAGUCAACAGUUCUUAUCACAGUGCCGGUGGUUAUUUGACAGUGCAAGAGUCGCCUUUCAGGACUCCUUUGGCUCUGGCAUUCGUGAAAGGCGGCGAAGAGUUGGGUUACGACGUGAGAGACAUCAACGGCGAAUCGCAGACAGGGUUUAUGAUCGCUCAAGGGACUAUCCGAAGAGGUUCCAGGUGCAGCACUUCGAAAGCGUUUCUCCGGCCAGUCCGAUUAAGAAAAAAUCUACACAUUACAAUGAAGAGUCAAGCUGUGAAGAUACUAUUCGAUCGUGGAAAUCCUCCGAGAGCGAGAGGAAUCCAGUACAUUAGAGACGGUAGAAAACGGACGAUCCGAGCCAGAAAGGAAGUGAUAGUAUCUGCCGGUGCCAUUAAUUCUCCCCAGUUGCUUAUGUUGUCAGGCGUAGGGCCUGCCCAAGAAUUAGCAAGACAUGGGAUACCGUUAAUAAAAGAUGCCAUGGUCGGCUACAACCUUCAGGACCACGUCGGACUCGGAGGUCUGACCUUUCUGGUCAACGAGCCCGUUACAUUUAAAAAAUCUCGAUAUCAGACGCUUUCCGUCGCAUUGGACUAUAUUUUCAACGAAAAAGGGCCGAUGACGUCUCUUGGCGGGGUGGAAGGCGUCGCUUUCGUAAACACCAAGUACGCUGAUAGCAGCGGAGAUUGGCCGGACAUACAAUUCCAUUUCGCCCCGUCGUCCGUCAAUUCCGACGGCGGUGAACAAAUCCGGAAGAUUCUGAACCUGAGGGACGGCGUUUACAACACUAUGUACAAACCGCUGGAGAGCGCGGAGACGUGGACCAUCUUGCCUCUUCUCCUGCGUCCCGAGAGCUCCGGCCGGGUCCGUCUGAGGAGCAAAGACCCCUUCGCUCAUCCGCUCAUAGACCCCAACUACUUUACGAGUCGUAUCGACGUUCUGACACUCAUCGAAGGUAUCAGGAUUGCGAUGAAUCUAUCGGACACGAGGGCCUUCCAAAGAUUCAAAUCCAGGCCGUUGUACACUCCCAUGCCGGGAUGUCAGCACUUCCGCUUCAACUCCGACGAAUACUGGGAAUGCGCAUUGAGGCACUUCACAUUCACCAUCUAUCAUCCGACGGGAACGUGCAAAAUGGGCGUGGGCCCGGAGGCCGUCGUCGAUCCUAGGCUGAGGGUCCACGGCGUACGUGGUCUCAGAGUCAUCGACGCGUCCAUAAUGCCGACCAUAGUCAGCGGAAAUCCCAACGCCCCCGUUAUCAUGAUCGGCGAAAAGGGCGCACAUAUGAUCAAGGAGGACUACCAUGUUAAAUUAUAUUAAAUGCAUCAACUUGUCAGUAAUAUGUGAUACUUGAAAAAAGUGAUAGUUUAUAAAAAAAAACAUUUCAUAACAAACCAAUUGCUCAUGCUGUAUAAAAAAAAUUAAAUAUUGUACCAAAGCGUCAUAAAGUUAAGAAAAACUACUGUAGUGUAUAUAGCAGAAUAAUUAAAACGUAUAAUUUUAAAUUACAAACAUGUAAAUAAAAAUGCUCAAUUUACGAAAAAAAAUGUUAAGCUGUAAAAACACGUUAUCAAUUUGUAUUGCACUAUUUAUGCUAACUAUAUUUAUAAAGAAACUAAGAAAGAAAACGUGCCAACAAUAUUGAAAUAUAUUUUAAAGGGAAAAAAAAUCGAGAAAAACUAGGGCGAACAAUAAAGGGUGUUAUUUUUUUAUCGACCGACUUUGAUGCUCUCUGGAUUUGAGAAUUUAUUGGGUAAUCCUUUUUAAAAAGAUACUACUCACAGUAAGUUGUUUUGUA